AUGGACGAUUCAGAAUCGCCCGGCUCAACGCCAACACAUCGUAUCACCAUCGAACAUGUAUACGACUUUGCGUCGGAAUUAACUACCACGGUGUUCGAUGAUCUCAAGGAGCUGAUUGGAAAAGAACAGGCCAGGGAGUACUUUUUAAAGGUGUGUUUUGGGUAGUUGUAGUAUAAAAAGAAUUUAGUUCCAACCGGCCUUUGAGUACCUGGAGAUCCUAGUAAAGCGGACAGAAAAGGAUCAUGACAAGAUUGGUCAUCUUGAAAGAACAAUCGAAGACAUGGAACGGGAUCGUCAGUUGAGGGCAAGGAAAAUGGAAGAUAGGGAAAAAGUAAGCACUUUAGGCUUAAAUUAUUUUAAAAUUUGGCUCAUGAGUUUGGUAAAAAAUUAUAUUGGGUUGUUCAAAUAAUUCUGCGCCUUUUUUCAUAGAAAAUUUGUGGGGUUAGGGGCGCAUAAUUAUUUGAAUAACCUAAUAAAUAAGCUAUUUUCAGGAGCUCCUAGAGCUAGAAGAAUUGUAUGGCAAAGAAAACAAGAACUUGUGGGAAAUGGUCAACAAGGUGAAAGAGGAAAACAAGUACCUACAAAGCACGAUGGAACGAUUAGCAGAAGAGACGGUGGAAGAGAAGGAAAAACAAGGUAGGAUUCUGAUUCUUUGAACUUUUUCAUGUUGCAAUGUUUGUACAUCUGCCAGUUUCCGGGCUGUGAAAAUAUCAUUUUGUUUUUGAGGAUUUAUCAAAUUUCCGAAAUUUAAACUUUGAAAUUUGAAUUUUUUUGAUCUGAACGUUUUUUGAGAUUACACUUUAGUUUUUUAAGUAUUUUUUCUUAAAAACUCAAAAAUUGAUGUUUUCUGAUGCUAAACGCUCUAAGCACGGUGCUAGACUGGCUGAUGUGCACGUUGCUGUACAUGAUAUUUGUGUGUGUUGUGGUUGUGUUGAUGGUUUUGGUUCUGUUCCAUAACUCAGGAUAUGUAGUUCUGGCGGCCCAAGAAUUCGAACUUCUCCGCAACUUAAAACAACAGAAUUUGGAGCUGAAAGACAAGAUCAAAGAACAACAAGAACAGUUGAAUGUGUCGGAAGAGACGGAAAAGAAGUUAAGAGCUAAUAUCGAAGAACUGAUAACCGAGACGGAGAAGAUGUUGAGGAAGAACAAAUCGCUGGAAUCCCAGUGUCGAACGUUGUUCACUGAGAGGAACAACUACGUGAAAGCUCAGGAAGAGCUGAAGGAACACAACCUGAGGCUGAAACAAACCUUGGAUCAGACUAGUCGCGCAUGCAAUGAUCUCAAAAAUCAACAGGAUAUACAGUUAGAUAAGGAUGUAAGUGAUUUCUUGCAGUCUGAAACAAUUUUUGUUAAAAAUGUAUGAAAUUUUAAUAUUUUUUAACUUUGAUUUAAAAAAACGUUAACAUUGUAUUGCAGAGAGUAUCCGAUGAUUAUGCCCUCAAAUUUUCAACCAAUGAUCUCCGUACUAUAUUGCAUGAAAACACUCAACUCAAAAGCCGCUUGUAUCAGUUGGAAGAGCGUUUGGAUCGGCCGCAAAGUUCUUCGGGAGAAAGUGGCACAGAAACGUAUGUUAUUAAGUGUUUACUUGUGUUUUUUAUUGGAAAUGAGGAUUUUUUCGAUGGGCGUAAACAUUUUUAAAAAUAUUUUGCAUUAGAAAUGAGGUUUUAUGUUUUUUAUUUAAAAAUUGAUAAAAUGUCCUUAUUUCUAACGAAAAACAUUAAAUUUAUUAGUAUUUUUGUCGUUUUGGUACUCUUUAGCUUACGCACCAAAUUUUGAAUUACUGUAGUCCGUAUUACAUGUUACAGUACUUUACAUAUAAGACUGACUACAGUAAUCUUAAUGCAGAUGACAGUAAUAUCAAUAGUUCUUUAAAAAAGAAAGUGUUAUGUAAUGCCGUAGUAAUCCUAUCCUUUUUGUCAAUUCUAACGCCGCUACUGCUUUAGAGCCACGGAAACCGCUUCGGUAGCAGUAGAAAGCGUAGCCGAUUUUAGUGAAGUAGAAGCCGAAGAAAGGUAAGGGCUUAUCUUAAUGGUUUAUCGUUCUUUCCGAGUAGUGAUUGUGUUGAUAUUGAUGUAUUUUUUUCAAUUUUGGUUUAAUUUUUAAACUUUUUUUAAAUUAUGGUUAAAUUUCGAAAAUUUUAAAUAAAUUUUUCACGUUUGGGUAACAUUUCAAAUGUUUUUAAACUUUAAAACAAAGAUUUGCUUCAGAGGGGAAGAUGAAGUUGUAUAUGGACCGAUUAACAAAGAACCUGAUGAAAAAUUGUACCCUUGGAAGUACCAACGAAAGUCAAGUGGUAUUGCUAAAUUGUAAGUUUUAGGCUUAAAAUGAGUUAUAGGCUUAAAAGUUAGUAUUAAUAAUAAAUAUGAAAGCUUCUUAAUGGAAAAUAUUAAAUUUCAGAUUUUCAAAGCUCUUUUCCUAA